AGGGGGGCUCAGCCACCACCCUGUUCCCCAGAGUGACUCAGCCCCCUGUCCCCACCUGUCCCUGGGGAACCUGGGCCUCAGGGGGAGGUAGAUAAAUGGGGUGGCAGCCUGGGCCAGCCCGAGUUCAGGCCACGCCAGCUGGAUGCUCUCUGUCGGCCACUUCUGUCCCGCCUCCAUGGCCCACUCCUGGAAUUCCACACCACCCACCCUGGUCUCAGGAGCCCCUCCACCGAGCCCAUCCCAGGGGCUUGUGCAGGAUGUCAACGGGCCCCCGAGGGAGCUUCGCCCGAGGCUCUGCCACCUUCGCAAGGGCCCUCAGGGCUAUGGGUUCAACCUGCACAGCGACAAGUCCCGGCCAGGACAGUACAUCCGUUCGGUGGACGUGGGCUCGCCGGCCGCCCACUCUGGCCUCCGCGCCCAAGAUCGACUUAUUGAGGUGAACGGGCAGAAUGUGGAGGGACUGCGCCACCACGCAGAGGUGGUUGCCUGCAUCAAGGCACGGGAGGAUGAGGCCCGGCUGCUGGUGGUGGACCCGGACACGGACGAGCACUUCAAGAGGCUGCGGGUCACACCCACCGAGGAGCAUGUGGAAGGUCCACUGCCAUCACCGGUCACCAAUGGGACCAGCCCUGCCCAGCUCAAUGGUGGCUCAGCGUGUUCAUCCCGAAGUGAUCUGCCUGGCUUAGACAAGGACCAUGAGGACCGCAGCACCUGGAAGCACGACCCCUUUCAGGAGAGUGGCCUCCACCUGAGCCCCACGGCGGCUGAGGCCAAGGAGAAGGCGAAGGCCACCAGGGUCAACAAGCGGGCCCCGCAGAUGGACUGGAACCAGAAGCGUGAGAUCUUCAGCAACUUCUGAACCCCUCGCUGCCUGUGCUGGACCCGGGCCUUCUCCCCGCACGGACUUGGGGCCUCCCUCCUCGGGCCCAGACCAGAGCUCCCCAAGCCUCAGUGGACUGGAGCAGGUGCAUCCUCACCCCCAGGAGCGUGGUGGCCCCACCGCCACCCAGGAACCAACCCACAUCCCAGUGAGUCCCUGUCCUGAUCCCCCUACCGUUCCCGUGGGUGCUGGGGGAACGUGGCAGCAACACUGGGGAGAGGGAGGGGCAGCGGUGACCCUGGGGGCCGGGCCUUUGCUGCUCUGCGUGGGCCUGCUGACUUAAGGAGUUUGUGGUUUUGCUUCUUUUUUUUUUUUCCAAAAAGAGCUCCAGCUCCACACAUGUUUUCACUUAAUACCAGAGCCCCGCCCCCGCCAGGACAUGUUCUCUAAAUAAUUGCAAUAAAACAAACCUUUCUCUACAAACCAUUUCCUCCCCACCCCUUCCUUCUUGGCAGCAGCCAUGCCGGUGGGAGUCCCAGGAACUGCCUGGGACAGAGGCAGCGGGCAGGCGAUUUGGGGGGCUUCAGGUGAGGCUGGGAGGCCAGAUGUGGCUACAGAAGCUUCCCCUCAGCCUCCUCGUUGCCUUCCCUGGUGUGGGGGCUCGCUAGGCCAGGCCCCCCAUGUCCCCACCGCACCAGGGGUCUGGGCUCUCGGAGGGGCCGGAGGAUGGAGGCCCCUGCUCCUGAAGAGGGCAGCCUCUGGACAGGCCCCUUGUUUCUUUGCCACAGCCCCCGGUUUGGGGCGGGGGGGGGGGUGGCUGUGUGAGAGAGCCUGCCCCAGGAGGGCCUCCCGGCUUCAGGCUUGGGCCCUGCCUGGCGCCCUCCCCCAGUAGACCCCACAGACUCUGCCCUGAAACCCACCGACAUUGCCGUCUGCCCUGUAAGCCAUAGCGCAUCUGCGCCCUUGGAAUAAACAGGCCGUCCUCACA